CAAGACGCUGUUUUGUCGAGGCCUGUCUGUUUAAACAAUAGGUUUUUGUUCCGCGUUGCUUGAUAACUGAAGCGUCUUUGACAUUACUUCCCAUUACAAGAACAAGAAGAUCAGUUUGCUCUUUAAUUUCGAACAACUCAAGUCAACGAUGUCUAAACUUGCUUUCAUUUUUUUGUUUGUCUGUUUGCAUUCAGCUCUUACUUCAGCCAAGUACCUUUCUUGUCCACAGGGUUGGACUACUUACAAGGAAUCGAGCUACUGUUACCGUGUGGGCAACAAGCCAACGACCAAAUGGAAGACAGCAAGAAAAGCGUGUUUGUCCAUGGGAGGUGACUUGGUGAAGAUAAGGUCAGCCCAAGAAAACAGAUACGUGGCUCUUCUUGCUCGUACUUACUCGAGUAGYAGCAGUUACAUGUGGCUGGGGAUUGUUGGAGAUUCCAGCAACGUAUUCACAUGGGUGGAUGGAUCUGCAUUGUCUGGUCAAUACUCGAACUGGGCAUCAGGCGAGCCUAACCGAAAGGCUGAAGAUUGUGGGAUGAUGUACUUAAGCAGUAUGAAAUGGAAUGACGCGACAUGCGUUAAUGCGCAUUCGAUGCUUUACGUAUGCGAAAAAGAAAAGCCAUAUUGAUUCAUUGUUGACCCACUUCUUUGUAACUUUCUGGUAAUGAAAAAGAUACAUGAUAAUGAAAUUUCAGAUUUUUUUACGAAGUAAAUUUCAGAGGAAACGCG